AUGAGAUUGUUAGGAGUUUUUUAUAUAUUUACGUUGAUAUUAGGGAUUCAAGCGUUGGCAGAUCAAGGAGAUGGAAAGACUACGUCGAAAUCUGCCACCACCAUUUGGGUAACUAUCACUACUGAUGGUGCACCAGUGGUUGUCCAAACAACUUAUAGUCAAUCAUUUGACCAAGCUUAUACGGAAGCGGAUACUGAGACGGUCAAGAGUGGUACUGUAGGGUUGGGAAGUGCUUCUGGGUCCGUAGGAGGAAUCAGAAGUUAUGAUAAGACCACUAUUUCCAAUACUAAUGGGGCUGGUAAGUUAGGAGGAAUCGGAUUGUUGAGUAUUAUGUUAGGUAUGUUGGUGUAA